CUCACGCGGACCCUGCCCACGCUGGGUGAACAAUGGGUCCUGGCGCCACGCCCCCAACUCGAACCCUGACUGGGGGGCCGCGUGAGCCGACGACACCGGGCUCCGCCCCAUCCUGCUGCUGGGCUUCAGGCCGGGAACUACCUCUCCCAGCGUGCCCGGGCCGGGAGGGGGCGUGCCCGCCGCUCCAUCCCGGAUCCCCCCUCUCUCGGCUGGCGGGGCGGUGCAGGCUGGGGAAGAGGGCACCAGGCGGAGCUAUGGCGGAGCUGAGAGUGUUUCCCCUCUCCUGCGUUGUGCAGAAAUAUGCCUGGGGGAAGAUUGGCCUGGACAGCGAAGUGGCCAAGCUGCUGGCUAGCAGUGAUCCACUGGCACAGAUUGAUCCAGACAAGCCAUAUGCUGAGCUCUGGAUGGGAACCCACCCUAGAGGCGACGCUGUUAUUCUGGAUAAUCGAAUUCCCCAGAAGACCUUAGGACAAUGGAUAGCAGAUAAUCCUGGAUGCCUGGGAUCCAAGGUCAAGGAGACCUUCCAGGGCCAGUUGCCUUUCCUAUUCAAAGUGCUGUCGGUUAACACAGCCCUGUCCAUCCAGGCCCAUCCUAACAAGGAGCUGGCGGGGAAGCUUCACGCCCAGUUUCCCGAGCACUAUCCAGAUGCCAAUCACAAGCCAGAGAUGGCCAUUGCACUGACCCCCUUCCAGGGCAUGUGCGGCUUCCGGCCCGUGGAGGAAAUUGUGGCCUUUCUCCAGAAGGUCCCCGAGUUCCGGGCGCUGAUUGGCAACGUGGCAGCGGAGCAGCUGGAGCGCAGUGUGUGCAAUGACCCCCGAGGCGUGUCUGCCGCGCUGCGGAUCUGCUUCACCAGGAUGAUGAAGAGUGAAAAGAAGGUCUUUGUGGACCAGCUGAAUAUGCUGGUGAAGAGGAUUUCCCAGGAAGUUGCUGCGGGGAAGGACACCUCGGGGAGCAGCGGGAAGCUGCUGCUGCAGCUCCACUCACAGUUCCCGGGAGACAUCGGCUGCUUUGCCAUUUACUUCCUGAACCUGGUGAUGCUGCAGCCAGGGGAGUCUAUGUUCCUGGGAGCCAACGAGCCUCAUGCCUAUCUCUAUGGAGACUGCAUCGAAUGCAUGGCAUGCUCCGACAACACUGUGCGAGCAGGCCUGACGCCCAAAUUCAUUGACGUGCUCACCCUGUGUGAAAUGCUGAACUACACCCCAGCACCCAGCAGCUCCAAGGUCUUUGCCCCCACGCAGAGCCGCUUGGAUCCCUGUGUCUACCUCUACGACCCGCCUGUGCCAGACUUCACUGUCAUGAAAAUAGAGAUUCCCUCCUCUAUUAAGCUGUACCUCAUCUCAGCCAUCGACUCUGCCAGUAUCCUGCUGGUGAUCCAAGGCACGGCCGUGGGCACCUCCACCGCUGCCAUUUCUGAAAUGACCCUGCGCCGGGGCUCAGUGCUCUUCAUCUCUGCCAACGAGAGUGUCUCCCUGCACCUGUCCUCCCUGGAUGGAAUGCUGCUCUUCCGAGCCUGCUGCCUCCUCUAGCCUGGGACACUUGGCACCUACCCUGCUGUGACUCCACUUAGAAUAGAUAGAAACUGGCCUGUGCAAACUAGACUUGCACAUGAUGGGUUAGCCUGAAACUUGCCCACAUACCACUGUGUCCAAACCUAAAGCAGCAGGGUCCCAAUCUGUAGAAGCAGCAACUCCAACUCCCAUCCCCUGCCUUGCCUCUCUUCAACUCCCAGCAUUAAAUGAAGUGCUGGGAGGAAGAGUCCAUUACCUUCCCCCCUCCCAUUAUGUAACACUGUAGAGGCAGCUGCUCUCAUGUCUGCUCCAAGUGGAUACGGAGAGUAGUAGGUGAGUUUCUCUGACAUAGUGCAUCCUGUAGUGCCAGCAGAGCAUUACCUGCACUGUGACAUCUGGUCCUUUUUGGUCUCAAGUGGGCCAUGGAGUUGUAGCUGGAAGGGGGUGGGGGGACGUGGCUGGGAUUUGUAUGAUGGUAAGAUGCAUGUAUACUAUUAAAAUAGCUCCGAAAGGGACUCCUCCCACAACGGGAAAGCACAGUACUGCAAGGGAAUGCUGGUGAGUUCCUGCUCAACGGAUGCUGUGCCCACCUGUCCGGGGGGAAGCUAUAGAAUAAGAUUGUUCUGUUGUUGCAGGAAGCUCUGAGUGCUUUUUCUCCUAGCUCGUCAAUUUCCAUCCCUAGUGAUGCAGUUUCAAGCCCCGUGAACGGUUAGCAGUGGAGCCCUUACCCUAUUAGAUGGGAGUAGGAUAUUCCCCAGCCAUAAGCAGAUCCCUGUGCUGUGCAGGGGAGAGAUGCUCAAAUGAACUCCGUUGAAAGGUUCCAUCUCAAGUGGCCUUGAUCAUCUUGCUGUCUCUUAUGGACACGUAUUUGAAAUAGGUGCUAGGUGUAAUGGAGAACUCAUGUGGCUCUCACCCCAAUCUGUCCAAAGCAUUUCCUGCAGCAGCUAGGCUGACAAUUGGGAUUGAAUCUGUGGCUUGUCAAAGUCUCCUCUGUGCCUGCCACAUGCUAGCAUUAUUGACUCAUUUUCAUGAACAGCAAGUGCAGCCAUAAACCCAUCAGCUAGCAAACCCUCUCUCCCUUAUGCCCACUUUACUGAGCCCCCUGAUCUUUGGCCUAAAGUCCUAGUUUGGAGAUGGGUAUUAGACACUCUGUAGCUACUCUUCCAAAGGCUACAGCACCUGCCCCAUCCAGUUGUUUCUGGGGAUGAUAGUUAUUCCAUUGUGUGUAUGUGCAAAUUAGACAUUUCUCCUAUGGGUAGAGUGUGGAGGAGAGUCAGGGGUGGAGUAAGGCUGAUAGAGGGCCGGACGUGACCAAAUGUGUUUUUGGCAAUUAGAGAAGGGGUUGGGGGGGUGCAAUUCUGAGCUGUACUGGAUCAGCCAGACUCUUCAUUUGUGCCUUUCUCCACCACUGACAACAGAAUUGCCUUGGGCUUAAACUUCCUAUCUUCAUAACAACAAAAGGAGAGGGGGCUGGGAGACUCCUCCCCUCCAAAUUCUGCCCCAGCAAGGCAAAUUCCUUAAAGCAAGACAGCAGAGGGGGUGAACUGUGCAGACUGAUAAGGGCCUAUCCUGCUCUGAAGCAGGCAUCUCAGACUAGUUGGAUGCAGAGGCUGUGGGGGCUAGGAAUUAAGAGCAAUGGUCAGCAUCAGAACUCCUGAGUUUUAUUCCUGCUUCUGCCUCGCUGUAGGAUUGUCAGCAAGUCAUUUAACUUCUGUACCUCCAUCCCCUACCCUGUAAAAUGAGACUAACUGAUCUACCUCACCAGGGUGUUGAGGCUGCACGGAUGAAUGUUUGAAGUGCUUGGAGCUCCUUGGCUGGAACGUGCUAUAUGAGUAAAGUAUUAUCCUUGCCCGUCACGGGGAAACAGUCUUAGCUGUCCCCCCUCCUCUCAGCCAGACUAAUCCCCACUAGCUCUGCUGCACUGGAACUGUGUUUAGAUUGCUGGAGCUAGUGCUGAAGGGGGAAGCUUGAAGGGUGGUUAGUUCAGUUUGCUGAACCCAACAGGUUGCUCUUGUUAGAUUUCAUUCAGUUGGUUAGCCAUGACUCCCAUGUUCACAGGCUAGUGCUAUCAGUUAUAUAGGGCCAGGCUUUCUACAGCCCAUUACUCUGUCCCAGCAAGACUGUGACACUACCUAAGCCUGGUGCUAUUUCACUGUGCCUACAGCUAUAGAUAUUGACUGUGUGUUAUAGUCUAACAGGAGAGGUCAUCCCUACAGGGGCAGUUGUUUGCUAUGGUGUGGUUGGCUUAAGCUUGCAGGUGACAGUUGCUGGCAUUUUUGGUGGGAAGCAAUGUGGUUGCAUCAUUCCACAAGAGAAGAGAUGUGCACCUACUCUUGGUGCUAAUGUUAAGGGUAGCUUAGGCUUGAUUUGUUCACAUUUUAAUGGCAGUCCUAAUGUGUAGCCUUUGGACUGUCUUUGCCCCCAGUGUGGUGACUAGGUCAGGCAGCAGCAUAGUGACAUCAGUAUUAAAGAAUUCACUUUAGUUUUCCAACCCCAGAAUGAUCUGCUGGGAACACACAGGCUGCAGCAGCCAGGCUCGUGGGGUAAUAAACUUCCACGGGUGGAGUUAAUCCUUGUUCUUUCACCUGCCUGUUGCUCAUUUCAGUCUUUUAACCAUGGAGACUUAGCCAGGGCUCUGUCCCUCUUCAGUUCCUUAUUCUGGUGAGGAGUGGGGGGUUCAUCUGUCACUGAACCUAGAUUAAUCUGAUAAGUACUUCCUCAGGACUUAGUCAGAAUUACACAGUAUCAAACUCCACUCCAGUGGAAUAAUUCCCUCUUUGUUUGGCUUUAAAGAAAACCCCCUAAUUUGAUGUAAUAUUUUAGGCAAUUCCUGUGUUGAGAGGGGAGCACAGUGUUUGUUGUACAAUGAACCUGAGCUCUUCAUUAACUGGAUUCAUUCUGGAGCCCCAAGGGUUAAAUAGGCGCUGCAGGGGUGGGGAAGGAAAGCUGCAGCAAGACCUGAACCCAAGGAGGAGCCACCUGUAGGCAUAUAACCUGUAUAUGAACCAGUUAUGAGUGAGACUUUUCUUCCCACACACCUGGCUGUGCUGGUUUGACUUGUGCACCACAUGCUGCUCUACCCAGAGCUAUAAAUCCAUUUAGCAGGGUGGCACGGGUGGGGCAGCAGUGACAAAGAACCUUGCAGCAUGGUAUGUCAACAGCUAGGGUAUAUUCAUGGACUGGAAUGUUGUAACAAAGAGGAAUAAAUAAAGAGUCACUGCAGAAGACA